AUGAGGUUCGGGAAGAACGGCAAGUUGUCGCCACGAUUUAUUGGUCCAUUCGAGAUCUUAGAGUGCAUUGGGAAGGUUGCUUAUCGGUUAGCGUUGCCACCACAUAUGGACACAGUUCAUAAUGUUUUUCAUGUAUCGAUGAUUCAGAAGUACAAGCCAGAUCCAUCACAUAUUUUGAGUUGCGUUGAUGUUGAGGUCGACGAGGAUAUGACCUAUGAGGAGAAACUGGUCCAGAUUCUCAACAGACGAGAGAAAGUGUUGAGGGAUAAGAUAAUUCCAUUAGUGAAGGUUUUGUGGCGUCAUCACAGCAUGGAGAAGGUUACUUGGGAACGGGAACUGGAGGUUAUAGCCAGUAAACAGCAAAUUUCAGUUCAAAUAAGGCUUCAGAAAACAGUUUCAGCUACAGCAAUGUUAUGA